GCUGAAGGUAACGAGUUAAUAAAGCAUUGCAAAUACUUCUUUUAUCCUGUAAGACGAGUAAAUAUAGUUUGUAGCGCAUUAAAAAAAUGCUACUGUUUUGUCCAACAUGUGGAAAUGUGUUGGUAGUAGAGGAGGGGCAGAAAUGUUACAGGUUCGCUUGUAACACAUGCCCAUAUGUUCACAACAUCACGAGGAAGGUAAACAACAGAAAAUACCCCAAACUUAAAGAGGUGGAUGAUGUUCUUGGUGGAGCUGCUGCUUGGGAGAAUGUAGAUUCAACAGCAGAAACCUGUCCCAAGUGUGAGCACCCAAGAGCUUAUUUCAUGCAGAUACAGACCCGAUCUGCUGAUGAACCAAUGACUACUUUCUACAAGUGUUGCAGUCAACAGUGUGGCCAUCGAUGGAGGGACUAAGUUUGUGUUGCUUCUAUAUGGACAACCAGCUGUACGAAAAAAAUCUAAGAGGAACAUUUUCCUUUACACACACUGUUCAUUCAGUAGUUUUGCCUUAAAUGUCUUGCCAGGUUCUAAAUUAAUGGGAUUUACACUUACUGGCCACUUUCUUGUAGGAACUAUACCAAUACAGCGAAGGACUUUUUUUUAUUUAAGAACAGCUAAAACUUGUAUUGGAAACAUUUCUUUAAGGUUUUAAUUCUUGUUUACGUGAUUGCAUCAGCUGCACAUUCAUACCGGCAAUCAGUUGUUUUACUACAUUCUAAUGAGGCUCUAUUGGAUUCAGAUCUUGUGAAGCCAUUUAAGUACAUUAAACUUGGGGAGCUCGGGUGAUGCAUCAGUAAAACAUGUUAGCUGACAUCUGCUAUCGGCAAGCUGGGCGCUUUGUACAGACAAUGAUUAGCUCAACCAAGGGUGAGAAUGCCGGAGGGGAUUCCUCAUGACUGCUGCAAUAUUGACCUCUGCUGGAUGAUGGUGUGCCUGCACAGAGACGGGGGAUAAUGGAGAUCGGCAUGUGACUCACCAUGCUUGAUAUGGUUCUCCAUAUGAACGCCUCAUCUGGGUGAAAAGAAGUAGUAUGCUAAUGCUUUUGUCGAGGGGGCGUGUGUUAGUCAUGGCUUUCCUUGGCCAGGAGUCAGCAGUAGUAGAGGAAGCAGAAUGCAAAUGGGUAUUUGGAUAUGACUAAAUUGGAAGAAAAGUUGGGUACAAAUUUUUAGUCUUAUUUGUGGCCAGAAACUAAUGGUAAGCAGCAAUACUUAGCUUUGAAAAUACACUUGAUUGGUAUAAGGGAGCUUACAUAGUGCUAAGAAACAAUUUUACACUCUACUACUCUACCAUCACUAGCAAAAACUGUUGACAAGUCAGGUUGGGUAGAUUAAUUUAUGCUGUCUGUGCCAUAUUUCAACACAACCAUCUGCUUGUCAUAUUUAUCAGUCUAGGCUAUGUUUUUUCUGUUUCUGUAAGUCUGUCAUUAUUUGACAUGAAGCUGUUUUGUUUACAAGUGGCUGCAUUACUGUAGCCUUCCUAUCAGCUCAAACCAGAAUGAUAAUUCUUCACUGACUUCUCUUUUACACAGGGCAUUUUUGUCCAAUGAACUGCUGCUUACUGGAUGUUUUAUUUCCAUCAUUCUUUGUAAAUUGUACAGACUGUUAUUCAAAAAAGAGAUUAACUGUUCUUACCAUACUCAAACCCAUAACCAUGCCACAUGUGAAGUUCCUACCUGAACCUCAUGCCAGUGUCUGUAUAAAUUUGUGAAAUGCACUCCUGCUCCAUGUCUUGCUGAUUGAAUAAUUACAUAACUAUUCAAAUGCUCUUAAUAAAGUGCUUAUGCUGUGGUUACAACUA